AUGAGGUGGAAUCCAUUUUUAUUCCAGGUUAGGGGAGGGGAAAUACACACGAGAGGAAGAGCGCGUGAGGGGAGGCAACUGAAGGGUGGGUUGUGUCUGCCAGCAUAUGCUUUACAGGAAGCUGUCUUUCUCUCUGCCUUCAUUCCACAAGAACAUUAUAAAAAAAAAAAUUAAAUAUUCUUUAGUAAAAGUAAAAUAAACUAACAAGAGGCAGAUUGAAUGGUUGGGGCCUGGGGGCAAUUUACCUUAUCCGAAUUUGAAUCUAGUGAUAAGUGAGAUGCGAUUUUUAUUUUUAAAAAGAGAUAUAUAUAUAAUAAUAAGUGGAGUGGACUAAACAAGAGCAAAAGGAAAAACAAAGAAAUCUGCAAAUGUCAUUUCGAAUUUCCCGCCGAAAGCCUAUAAGGAUAUCGUGACAGAAAGAUAUCAUCCGUCCAUUUCAAUGUGAAGUCUCUUUCUCUCAUAAGUAUGUCAUAAUAAGUACUAAUAAGAAAAUCACAAUAAUCUCAUGAGAUUUGAAUUUUUACAAAAAAGGAUGAAAUAAAAAAAAAUCAUCAUUUGAGUUAUCAAAAAAUGAACAAGGUAUUCAAAAUCAAAAGAACCAAACUAAAUCAAACUGAAUUCAAAAUUUCAAAUCGAACUAAAUAAUUAGUUAAUAUUAUCGACUUUUUAUGUGAAGAAAAUUAAACUCAAAUUUCUACCAAGUUUCAAAUUAGAUAGUUAGGUAAGUAUAGUGAAUAGUAUAGCAAGCAAAAUGGAUUUUGAACAAGAUUGGGAGGGAGACGAACUAACUAAGAAGUACUAUUGUUUUAGGAAAUUGCAUAGGAUGAGAAUCCUAGCUUGACCAUUUUGAAAUCAUAAGCUUGGUCCUCUUCGACGUGGAUUUAGCUGUUCCAACGUUCCCCCACAUCUGGAUCUCGUGAACUUCAAGUUACCUACAUAUUUUUACUUUGCGUUUUUUUACAUACUAUAUCUUAUACGUAAACGAGGCAUUCGUGUUACUUAUAUGCAAAUAUGAUUUCAACACUUUGGUCUUCGAAAUAAACAUAUAAAAAAUUACACAUGAAAUAUUAUAUGACACCAGCAACAGUCUUUGGCAUGAUCUCAAGUUCUACGAUACGACCAAGGAAAUUAAAAGCUACUUUUGAUUUUUUAACUAUUCUAGUAAUCAAAUUUUGAGUUGUAUCUA